AUAAAUUCGUACAAUAAUGACCAGUCAGAAUUAUUAUGGCUAUUACUGUUGUCAAAAAUGCGCUGGGGGGUGUUGCUUGGUAUUUACUUGCAGUUGUCUUUGCUUUUGCUCUUGCCGCAUAUUUAGCACAAUCUUAUAAACAAUACUCGAAACUGAGGGCAUUCAGAGGACCGCUGACUUCAGGAUGGUCAAACUUCUGGCUCGUAAGAGCAGUUAUGCGACAGAACACCCACAUCGAUUUUGCGAAUGUCUGCGAGAAAUAUGGACCUGUCGCACGAAUCGCGCCGAACAAAUUGGUGACGAGUUCGCCGGAGCUUCUUUUUAGAAUGAGCGCUGCAAGAUCCCCAUAUACGCGAAGCGACUGGUAUGCGGGGUUGAGGUUACCGCCAGGGCAAGAUAAUAUAUUUAGUACCAUGGAUGAGAAAAAACACACUCGGCGGAGGGCGCAGAUGGCCGAUGGGUAUACUGGGAAGACAAAUACCUUUCUUGAGAGUACUAUCGACACUCAUAUCCUCAACCUCGUCAGAUUAGUUCGGACCAAAUACGUUUCCAGUUCUGCGGAGUUUAUUCCAAUGGACAUCGCAAGGAAAGCAGCGUAUUUUACUAUGGAUGUUAUCACAGAUAUUGCCUUCCGGCAGUCAUUUGGAAACCUUGUCGACGAUUGCGACACCUACAGAUACAUCCAGUCAACGGAGGAGAUGCUGCCAAUUAUGAUCACUCUAACUUCAAUACCAGCACUUAGCGCAUUCUUCCAAUUCCCAUGGGUAGCAAAAGUCUUUUCACCCAAUGAUAAGGAUACUACUGGUGUAGGAAAGCUAAUCGGGAUCGCUAGAAAACUAGUACAUGAGCGGUUUACUAAGAAGUCGUCAGUGGAUAACGACAUGAUGGCCUCCUUUAUUGCACAUGGGCUCUCUGAAACAGAUCUCGUUGCAGAGUCUCUCCUACAGAUCCUCGCUGGGGCGGACACAUCUGCAACAGCCAUCCGAGCCACAAUCCUUCACCUGAUAACCCACCCGUUAGCCUAUCGUACGCUGCAAGCAGAGAUAGACAAGCAUCUCCAAGAGGGCCUUAUAUCCUCCCCUGUCGUCAAGGAGACGGAAGCUUCGAAAAUGAAAUACCUGCAAGCAGUGAUUAAAGAAGGACUACGAAUCUGGCCACCUGUCACAGGACUAUUGAGUAAACAGUCGCCACUAGAUGGCGAUGAGUUCGAGUUGGAUGGACAAAAAAUCUUUAUCCCCGGGGACACCAGCGUCGGCUACUGCGCCUGGGGCAUCCAUAGAAACAAAGAGAUUUUCGGCCCAGACGCAGACAUGUUCCGCCCUGAAAGGUGGCUUACUGAAGAUGCCUCAAAGCUAACAGUCAUGAAUCGAACUGCAGAACUAAUCUGGGGUUACGGGAAAUACCAGUGUCUCGGUAGGCCCGUGGCUUUGAUGGAGUUGAACAAGGUGUUUGUAGAGUUGCUUCUAAAUUUUGACUUUGAGCUUGUGGAUUCUACGAGUCCAUGGAAGAGUGCAAAUGUUGGCUUGUGGAUCCAGUCUGAAUUGUGGGUGCGGGUCACUGAGCGUGGAGGCCGCCAAAACAGGAAAUAGGGUAUAUACGAAGAGGAAAGAGCGUAUAUAGUAAGAACAAAGGGCGUAUAUGGGAAGAAGAAAGAGGGUAUAUAGCAACAAGAAUGAGCGUAUAUGCUAAGAGAAAGAGGGUUCAGGAUGCCGAGGGCUCUGUAAAGCAGCAACCGAUGCUAGCCAAAGAUGGCGGCUCCAGCACUAACUC